CCUGCGGGACAGAUUGGGGGAGGGCGUCGGGUUGCCGCUGAGUUCCGCCAUAUUAGCUACGGCGGAGGCCGGGGGAUUCCCGUGAGCCGCGGCGGCGGGGCCUGGCGCAGCAGCGGGGCCUCGAACAGGCGCGACGUGUUCCUGGGACCGGCGGGAACCGGCGGGUGCCGGCUGGCGACCGGAGCGAGGCAGGCUACCCUCGGCUGCGGGCCCCGCCCGCCCGCCGCCACCGCCAUGGACCAGGACUAUGAACGAAGGCUCCUGCGACAGAUCAUCAUACAGAAUGAGAACACAGUGCCAUGUGUUUCAGAGAUGCGGAGAACCCUGACACCAGCCAACUCCCCAGUGUCCUCGCCCAGCAAGCAUGGUGACCGCUUCAUCCCCUCGCGGGCCGGGGCCAACUGGAGCGUGAACUUCCACAGGAUCAAUGAAAAUGAGAAGUCCCCCAGCCAGAACCGCAAAGCCAAGGAUGCCACCUCCGACAAUGGCAAGGAUGGCCUGGCCUACUCCGCACUGCUGAAGAAUGAGCUGCUGGGUGCCGGCAUCGAGAAGGUGCAGGACCCACAGACGGAGGACCGGCGGCUGCAGCCGUCCACACCAGAGCACAAGGGGCUCUUUACGUAUUCCCUCAGCAGCAAGCGCUCGAGUCCAGAUGAUGGCAAUGACGUGUCCCCAUACUCUCUGUCCCCCGUUAGCAACAAAAGUCAGAAGCUGCUGCGGUCACCACGGAAGCCCACGCGCAAGAUCUCUAAGAUUCCCUUCAAGGUGCUGGACGCGCCAGAGCUUCAGGACGACUUCUACCUCAACUUGGUGGACUGGUCCUCCCUCAACGUGCUCAGCGUGGGGUUGGGCACCUGCGUGUACCUGUGGAGUGCAUGCACCAGCCAGGUGACCCGGCUCUGUGACCUCUCUGUAGAAGGGGACUCAGUGACUUCCGUUGGCUGGUCUGAGCGGGGGAACUUGGUUGCAGUAGGUACACACAAGGGCUUCGUGCAGAUCUGGGACGCCGCUGCUGGGAAGAAGUUGUCCAUGCUGGAGGGCCACACAGCACGAGUGGGGGCGCUGGCCUGGAAUGCUGACCAGUUGUCAUCUGGUAGCCGUGACCGCAUGAUCCUACAGCGCGAUAUCCGCACACCACCCCUGCAAUCAGAGCGGCGGCUGCAGGGCCACCGGCAAGAAGUGUGUGGCCUCAAGUGGUCCACAGACCACCAGCUGCUUGCCUCGGGGGGCAAUGAUAACAAGCUGCUCGUGUGGAACCACUCAAGUCUAAGCCCUGUGCAGCAGUACACGGAGCAUCUGGCAGCUGUGAAGGCUAUUGCCUGGUCCCCACACCAGCAUGGACUGCUGGCAUCCGGUGGUGGCACGGCUGACCGCUGCAUCCGAUUCUGGAACACUCUGACAGGCCAGCCACUGCAGUGCAUUGACACAGGCUCACAAGUAUGCAACCUGGCCUGGUCCAAGCAUGCCAAUGAGCUGGUGAGCACACAUGGCUACUCACAGAACCAGAUCCUCGUGUGGAAGUACCCGUCCCUUACGCAGGUGGCCAAGCUCACUGGCCACUCGUAUCGUGUCCUCUACCUGGCCAUGUCCCCCGAUGGGGAGGCCAUAGUCACCGGAGCUGGAGAUGAGACCCUGAGGUUCUGGAACGUCUUCAGCAAAACACGCUCUACAAAGGAAUCCGUGUCUGUGCUCAACCUCUUCACCCGGAUCCGAUAGACCCCGCAGGCGGGAUGUGAAGCCCACAGGCAGAUGGGAAUAGCCAGCAUGCAUGGGCCCUGCUGUGUCCGCCUUCCCCAGAGGCAUCUGGCGGGCGGGAGCCAGAGACCCUGGAGUCUCAUUAAACACCUCAUUGUGAGCUGUGGAGCCAGUGCCUGGGACGGGGACACGGGGACCCUCAUCCAGAUGGACACUUGCCACCUGUUACCACUGCCCAAACCAUAUUGGACAAAGCUGAGCAGGAGGCUGAGCUCCCAUCAAACCCCCAAACCCAGUGUCACCUGGGGACCUGAGCCGUUGUGCCCCUCCCUGCGGCCACUCCAGUGUCACCCAGACCAGAACAUCCUAGGAGGCACUGGCAGGGACCUGUGCCUCUCACCCUGUGACACUCGUAACUGCGUUGACCCUGAUUGCAUUGCCACCCUGUGUCUGUGUGCGCCUUCUGUAACCCCUUCCCGUGGGUGUCGGCUCACCCUGUUCUUAGCCAGCUGCCUUGUCUGCCUCUUCCUGGCCUCCUCUGAGCUUCCUGGGCCUCCCUGUCAUCAGACCCCAUCUCCACUGCCCCUUGCCUGGGGAUUCCCAGUGUGGUGGCAGUGGCCUAUGGUGUGUGCACGUGUGUGUAUAUAUGUAUUUGUGACACCUUGG